UCGGCGCAAACGAUCCAGUACACCCCCGCCGUGUCCCGUGCACGUUGGUCGACGACACGUAACCCGCGGUCCACGUGACUUACCACCGACGGUCUUGUAGGAAAUUUUUGAGAAAAAAAAAAUCGAUUUAAUUUAUUUUACAAUAACACUAAUUUCGUAUACGCGAAAAUAUGCGCUCAACCGCCAGCGAAGCCGUUGUCGCGGCGCUGCUGCUGGCCGUGUUCGCCGUCGCGCCAACCUCAGUUCUGGCCGGCAGUUGCCUGGAAGCCAAACUCUGUUGUCCGGGCCGGGACUCGGCGUGCGUUGUCCAGAAGACGCCAAUCAACGCCAUCAUCGAGGAUCCCACCGACAAGCCGUGCUACUGCGAUCACGCUUGCCUCAAGCUGGGCGACUGCUGCACCGACUUCAAACCGGCUUGCGGAGUAAUCGACUGUGUGAUGUCGGAAUGGGAACCUUGGACAGAAUGCGACACCGAGUGUGGCAGCGGUAUGAUGACCAGGAAAAGGCAAGUGGUCAAGGCGCCUGAGAACGGCGGCAAACACUGUGCGUCCCUGAUCCAGAAACGGGCUUGUAUGGGAACCAGGUGCCCAAACUAUCCCGGAAGUGCCCUGAAAGAAACAGCCAUGUUGCUCCCAGCUUCACUUGCCUCCAGUCGUCUAAGUAAUGAAUCUCAAGAUAUUCGUCACAACCUCAAGUACAGAUUAUCCAAAGAUCCAGUCGAUCUUGACUCUAAAGAGUAUUGUGUUCUUUUCGAAGUGAUGAAAGCGACAAAAGCCUGCAGAAAAGUACCCGAAUACUCGUUACUUCGAGAAGGUGAACGGGUGUGCGUGCGCUGUGACACUCAGGCCAUGCGCCAGUCGCUAGGGUUCCGUUGUCCAGGCCACGGUACAAUGGAUCGGUCGACCCGGUGGACAGUGUUGUCGGCGCCCCAUUGUCACGGCAAAUGGGUCCGUCUAGAAUCCACAGGUCAGCAGGACGGUCAUUCGUGUCCCAUGUGCAAAAAAGGAGCGCAGUUCGUUUUCGUAUAAGCAUAUCCUUAUUGUAUUAUUUUUUUUUCUCUUUCUGUUUACGAUUAUUAUUGUUUCACUACACACUGUAUAAUGUACACACACGCCGUCGUAUCUUAUCCUCUGUCACCGUGUCAUCCCAAAACCGGCACACACACAUACCUACAUAUACAUAUUAUUACUCUCUCGUCGUCUUUGCUAAAGUAUUCUGCACUGGUCGCAGGCGUUUUUCUAAAAAAAAACGAUGAUAAUUACCUACUCUAACCCAUGCCGUUUCUUUUUCCAGGGACAAUUAUUUAUCGUACAUAUCCUCUUCAUAACACGUUUGUGUGUGUGUUUUUUUUUUCUAAAAUAAUAUAAUUUAAUUAAACAAAGUACUCGCCUGAAAUGUCUGUAAUGUUCCCCACCCGUUACAUCAAUUCGUCGUUGGUUAGCCGUCAAAGUAAUAGCAAAUAUUGGUAUAUAUCGUAGAGAUGUAUACAUGUAUUAUUAUUUUUUAAACAUACACAAUAAAGUAACGAAUGAAUAGGUGAUAAUAAGUGAUCGGUACCUACGUUUUAAAUAUUGAUCUGUACAUAUUUAUAUUAUUAUUAAUAUUUUAUGAUACAACCGCGCGGUACCAAUUUAUUAUUUAACAUAAGUUAUACCGCACUGUAAUGGUGAAUUAUAUUUUGUUGUUAUUAUAAUAAUAAUAGCAUAUUUUGAGUUAUUUAAAUGUAUUUAUAUUAAUCAUUUUACAGUAAUAAUUGUAUUGUAAAACACGCCAUGCCACGCCUCUCUUUAGUGUUAAUUCAUACUUCGACCGAGUUGAUUUAGUUUCAUUUUAUAAUUUUUAUAAUACAUAAAUUUACUUUGUUCUUAAUGUAUUAUUACAACUAACUGAUUGUAAUUUAAUAAAACUAUAACGUGUAAAGUGAAUAUUGUUUUUUUUCUUUCUUACACGAGCUGCGUACAAAUGUUAUUUUUACACUCUUAUAGUAAAUAAAAGUAAUACCUAACAUAAAAUGUUAAAAUACAAAUCCAUACAGUUACACUAAGCUCUCAUAACACUAUAUCCAUCAACGCUUGGCAUAGAACAUCUGAUUUACUCAAAGUUAUUCAAAGAGAAAUGUGCGACAGCUUCCAAAGAAGUGGAUGAUAGGUUAUUUUCAUAUAUUUUUUAAAACAGUA